AUGUUUAGAGUUAUUAGUGUACUAAAUAAAAAUUUUUUUUUAAGAAAUAAUAGUAGAUUUUGUUUGUGUUUAAGUGCUCUUAAGGAAAAUAUAAAUAGUUUUAAAAUAAAUUUUAUUAAUUUAAAUAAAAAAACACAUAGAAAUUAUACCACAUUAUCACAAGAAGCGGUAGAAGCAAUAACAAAUCUAAAGGAAACCGUAAAGAAGCAAGAUAGAAAAAAAAAAAAUAUUACAAGAGAAACUCUUAAAAAUUGUCAAGGUCACAAAAGAAGAUUUAAAUUAUUUGGUGAUAGGGAGGAAUUUCAUAAUGUAGAUAGAGAUAAAAAUAAUUUAAUAAUAGAACCAACUGAUUCUUUUCGAGCUGUUAUUACCACUUCAAAAAAUAAUGUACAUAUUCAAGUUGUAAAUAAAAGUAAAAAUUAUAAAACUAUAUUUGGUUCCUUUGCUGGGAAUGUAGGUUUCACUAAAUCAUUACAACAAAGUGAAAGAUGUGCUUAUAGAAUAGGUGAAAAUAUAGCUAAAAAAUGUAGAAGACUUGGAAUAUUUUCUAUUGAUGUAAAAUUUAGAAGAAUUAUGAGAGUUGAAACAAUUUUACAAGCAAUGUAUGCGAAUAAUUUAAAUAUAACACAUAUAAUACAUGAACCUAGAUUGCCGAAAUGUGGGUUAAAUGCAUCAAAGCCAAGAAAAAGAAGACGAGUCUGA